CUGGUGAGGUGCGCCCUAGCGUCCGAAUUCCGCAACUGCAGCGACGCGCGGACCAGAAUCCACAUUAUUUGUCUGAGCGCUGGAGGAGCUGCCCACCGACGCGGUGCCGGAGUGCGUCCGACGCGGCGCUUCACAGUGCAUCAAGUUAUUCAGUGUCCAAAUAACAAGAGGAUGCAUUGGUCAAUGAACACGCUCCCCCUGCCUCAGUACGUCGAGUUUGGUGUCCAUUCACUGAGUGGCCUUCUGUGGACUCUCCUGCUUCUGUUUCUGUGGCACUGUUAUCGGAUUGGCUCUGAUCUGCCAAUCCCAGGUCAUGCUCACCCCGGGAAGCUCAAAUCAAGCUCGAGGCGCUCCAUAAAAUCCAGAAGCAGUAGCUGCAUUGGAGCAAAAUGCGGGGUGCGAUCCAAGCUGUCCAGGAGUGAUCAAAUUAGCCCUUUUAUUUCCAUGGAAACAGUGGAGGAUGAGGAGCAGGGACAGGACUACCUCACCCCGGUGCUGAGUCAUGCUUUGUUCCCUGCUCAGGCAUCCGCAGAAGCCAAAAAGCUUUACACAGCACUGCAAGAGUAUGCCAAACGCUAUAGCUGGGUGGGAAUGGGUCGCAUUCACAAAGGUCUCCGUGAGCAGGUCAGACUGAGCGAUCUCUCAGCUAUACAGAAGCCCCAUCUUUUCUUCCUGCCAGAUGUGCCAAGUGUUCCUUUUUUUCCACGUGACGCUCACCGGCAUGAUAUUGAGGUCUUGGAAGCCAGCUAUCCUGUAAUAUUGGCUGAAUUCCAAGCUGUUUACCAGCGGGGCAAUGACCCAAAGCUAGGCUGGACUUCUCAGGGACCAAAGGGCCAGGCAGUGUUUCCCUUGUACAGCGCAGGGGUCUGUGUAGCAGGAAACUGCCGCUCCUGUCCACGCACCUACCGCACACUUCUCUGUCUGCGCACAUUUAUAAACAGCAACUCGCUGGGAUCUGCAGGAUUUUGGUUGCUUGGGCCCGGAGCUACAUUAGGGAGCUCGUAUGGACACACCAACACACGCCUACGUUGUCAUCUUGGUCUGCAGACACCCCCUUCCUGUGAGCUGGUGGUGGGAGGGGAGCCUCAGUGCUGGUCAGAGGGACACUGCCUCCUUGUUGAUGACUCCUUCCUUCACACCGUUUCCCACAAAGGUCCUCCAGAAUCUGGUCCCAGAGUCAUUUUGAGUGUGGACCUCUGGCAUCCAAAUGUGGCUGCAGCAGAGAGACAAGCUUUGGACUUCAUGUUUAGCCCUGACCUGUGA